ACAUCUUCUUGAUAUAGUAUUGAAGAAAAAAAAAUCUUCACAGCUUGAAUUAUUCAACAGCAAUGCAAAUCAGACAACUUAUGUUCAUGGCACCUUUCGAGAUCAAGGGUUCAUUGGGUCAACGAUCGGAGCUUCAAAAUUCGUCUUCCCAAAGGAAGAACUGGAGAAACCAUGAACCACCCAUAGAAGCCCUUUUCAUGGCGUCACUGGCAACGCAUCUCUCGGCCUCCCUCUUCCUCGUCCCCAUAGKCGUCCGCCGCCUCCUCUGUUCUUCCUCCGUCUACCUCAAAAACCCAUCUCUUUACCGAUCGAAAGCCUGGUACUUAUCCGAACCCAAAUGGAAAAAUUUCGAUUUAUACUCCCUCAUCGUCGCCCUCCCCAUCGCUGCCUUCUCCGAAAUUUUCCUCUUCCUCGCAUUUUCCGGCAACCCCACCUACAGAUUUGCGUUUUCCCAGCAAUCGGCGGCCAUUUUCUUCUUCUGGGCCCUCGCGAUUCUGAUCAUUCUGCGGGAAAACGUCGACCCUGUUCUCGCAAGUGAGAGUUUCAUCUUUGUUUUCGCUGGAAUCGCGUUUCUGGUUGAGUACUCUGUGAUUGGGAAGGGGAUUACAGGUCUUGGUGGCGCUUUUUACCACAUUUCCGGAGGAUUGACCCUUAUUUGUGCUUGUUCUUGCCUGUAUUUAUCCAUGAAACCAUCUGCAUUUUUCGUCGAAUUUAUACUUUCUUCUUGCUUAACCUUUAAGGGGACAUGGCUGUUUCAAGCUGGAUUGUCUCUAUAUACCAAGGCAUUUGCCUUGAAGGGGUGUCAGGAAAUGCUGGUUUUGCCUGCCAUAGGGGACGCUGAUGUCCAUUGUGAGCUUGAGGAGGAUGGCCUGAGGGGCAUUGCUUUGAUGAACUUAAUGUUCAUUGGUCAUGCUGUUUUGGUUCUGAUUUUGGGUUUUGGGUUGGUUGGCUUGUUGUCCAGCAACCGGGGUUUGAGAUACGGCGAGGGGAGCGGCCCGUUGCUGGCCGAGAUUGGACCGGACACCAGGUUGAUUCGCUCGUCUCCUGAGAUUGAGAUGGAGUGAAAUUGUAUGGCUCCUCCUCAUUCUUGACUUGACUGUAAUCUUCUUGUCAAAAUGUCAUCAUAGUGGAGAAAAAAGAAAACGAUUUGUUCAUUGGUGUUUUGCCUUUAGCUUACAGUAAUUGUUCAUAGAUUUCUUGUUUUCCCUUUUUCUUUCUUCUCUUUGAAGUUUUCAUCCAUAUAGAGGUAAUGUAGAUUAGUUUGAGUUGUAGUUCAUUAUGUCCAAGAGUUUCUCUCCUUGUUCUUGCAACUUUUGGCCAAAUUAUAUGCUUUCAAUCAAAUUAUAUUCA